UCGUAGUCCAGGAUCUCGGGGAGAUUCGGAACAGCAAUCGAAUGCUAUUUCAGAGUGUUCCGGACAUCUUCCGGCUCUCCCCGCGAAAUAGGUGGUGUGACCGGGGAGAGUGACGUCAACAAGAUGGCUGAUGUUGGAAGCAUUCUGAAGUGUGCAGAUUGCGGGGUGCUUUUUUUCUCCCGACAAGCGUUCCUUCAGCACGAGUGUCACAAAGCCUUGAAUUCCAUCAAAACUGAAGGGCAUGUGACAGAGAAUGAUCAUAUCCGAACCAUGUUCCAGUGUGAAAAAUGUAAGGGAUGGUUCUGGGAUGAGGAAAUAUAUGCAAAGCAUGCAUGCCAGCAACUUCAUGAAUCAUCUCAGUCAAAUGAAGGUGAUGCCAGUGCUGCUGAAUCAAGCACAAGCUCAUCCUCCUGUGGACCCACCUCUACUGCCGGACAAGAAAAAGAAUCCUGCUGCAUUUGUAUGGAGAAUCCAGCAAACUGUGUACUGUUGGACUGUGGCCAUCUAGUAACCUGCAUGAACUGUGGGGGGGAUGUAGAAAGGUGCCCAAUAUGUCGGGCUGAGAUAAAGAGGAGAGUUAAGGUGUUCACUUGUUAAUCUGAGUCUGAUUCCAAAAUAGUAUUAAAGGUAUUACAUGUUGCCAAAUGGUGCUAGACAGAUUUACGUGUAUAAUUUUUGAAAGGUGGUUAUAUACCCUGCUUAUUUUGCAAUAUCUUUCCAAGGCCCUGGGCUUUUAUAUUAGCUGUACGGUUAAUUUUGUUUUUAUUUUUUGUCAGGAGAUCAGACAGCAUGUAACAUAGUAACAAUACUUUUUUUCUGAAUCAGAAUAUUAAUAUAUUUCAGUAUAAAUAAUCAAUGCUCGGGUAGAUACAGCCACAGAGGAAAUG